CUGUUAUCGCUUGGUUGUUAUCCGGACGUAAACAAUAUGGUUGACAUGCACAUGAAAAAUAAACCCCUGUAAUGAAAAAAAGUUGACAAUCCUCUCUUCUGGAGAUUUAAUUGUGAAUAACUAGAAACCUUAAUCAAUCUCGAAACAAGUUACAUAAAAAAUGCUUAAUAACCACAAAUAAAACAAUAUGGGGGACAUUUCACACUCGGGUUCUGGUGACCAUAAUCCUGCAGAUCAUCACGAUGGAACCCGAGUUCAUCUCUGGGGUCAUAAAUCCCCGAUAACAGCUGAUCACACUACGUAUAAUUUUGAACAGGAUCCAGAUUUGGUUGUGGAGAUAGAUAUCCCAAUAAAUAAACGCAUAACUAGUGCCGGAAAUAAAAGAGUUCUUUCAGCUAGUGCAAUUUCUGGCAGUGGAACUGAAAGAUCAUAUAGAAGUACUAAUUCAGGGGUUGGAAGACCUCCUGUCAAAUCAAGAAGCAGACCAAUGAAACCCCAUGAGACUGAGCCGUUUUUGACGGUUGAUGCCAUGAAUUCUGGGAGGACAUCGGCUGCUACUUCUCCAGCACGUCUUCCACAAAGGCCAUCAUCGUCUGUACGUAGAGGCAGAGCUCCUACAGUGUCAGGCAGGUUAUAUGUCCCUGAUGGCGCAUCACCUUCACCUUAUAUUAAUAGAGAUAAUUUGCGACAGACAGCUAGUGCUCCCAGUAAACUUCGAAGACGUGGAAGGAAUACACCGGCAUCUUCAAUCUUUGUAUCACCUACAAAUCGACAGAAACCCAAACCAAAUGUUCACAUCAAGUCUCCUUUCAAACAUUCUAUGCAGAAGACAGAAACAUCUCAGGAAAGACCUUCCUCUCCAGCACAAGAUCUAAAAGACAUGACAGCAUUUGCUACGUUCCAAGUCGGUAAAAUGUUAUCCAGAGAACCAGUUGAACAAAAGGCUAAACUCCAUGGGAGGCUCCUUAAGGGAAAAUUAAAGCCCUUGAAGCCUGUGAAUGUUAAAGGCCCAUCAAUAGAGAAAUGUAGAGGUAUUGUUUCUGAAAACAGGACAGCACUGCCUCCAGCUAACAAAACUUUGGCCAGAAGGAGGGAGAUCUUAGAACGUAUACCCAAUGUCCAUGAAUACCUGUAUGAUAGGCCCCGUACCGAGGAAUCUAUUCAUCGUACAUCUCGUGCUUCCAGUGUGGAUGAAAACAGAGACCAUAUUAUAAAGGAGGAAUCAACUGAACUAGAAACACCAGAUGUUUACCAAAGUGACUCAUUACCAAUAGGUCCAACUGGUUCACGAAUGACUACAAACAGUGGGCUUUCUGGUCCAACCCCCACACCAAGAAUGUUUGUUACAGAAAUAAACGGGAAAGGAAAAGAAAAUACACCUUUUGAUAAUGAUAUCAAUAGUAGAAUCAAAAACCAACUUGAACUUCAACAAAACCAGGAAUGCACUGCUGGAGAGACCAGUGAGAGGACCGAGAACCAAAGUAGACCAAAUACUGCAGGAAAAUUGGUCAGAUUUGCUGAGGGCUCUAAAGAAGAUGGUGAAAAAAGCAAAGACAUGAAACAAUUCCAAAAUACUAAAAUUGCUGAAGGCUUGAGAGAAAACACAACAAACACAGUUUCUACUGAGAAUACACAAAUGGAAAUAGCUAUGAAAGUUGAUAUAAAAAUUGUUGAUAAAACUGAAAAAUCAAAAUCGGAAGAAAACAAAAUAGUUAAAGGGGAGAUAAAAAUUGUAGACAAAGGAGAACAAAUUGAAAAAGACAAGAAAAAAUCUAAAGAAAGUUGUAAACCUGAUGAUGAGGUUACAAUGAAGAAAGAUGAUGAUAAUGAUGAUGACGAUAAUAUUAAAGACCAGAAUGACAACAGAUAUGCUGAAAGUAAAUCUCAAAAUAUCACUUCAUCCCAGAAUGCUGGGCAAUUUAGUUCCCAGUCCACUGAACCCAGUGAUAAAAAUGUGAAUGGGAAGCAGAGCUCAGUACAUGCAUGCAGGAAUAGACAAAGAUACAAAGCACCAAAUACAUUACAGAUUCAGUCUGUGUUGCAUGAUGGGAGUGUUUAUUAUACUUUAGGUGCAGAGAGUCCUCGUCGUAGUCCUUCCCCAGCAAGAUCACCAAGUCCUGGGGUGUCAUCACUUCGUAGUAGUUCAGAUGGUUCUAGAAAUAAAUUUAACAAGCUGGUGAGGCCUUCUUCAGCUAAUCGAGGAAAAAACCACAAACGAAGGUCUUCUGAAUCUUCCCAGUCAGGCAUCUCUAUGGUAACCAAUAAAAAGUCUGAAUCAACAGAAUCUAGGAAAUCAAAAGUUUAUUUUGAAGGAGAACAUCCUCCACACCAAUCAAUAUUCACUGAGAAUAAAGUUGGAGAUCAGAUAGAGAUCUCUCUUAAAGAUGACAAGACACUAACAUUUGACGAUUUAGAUCAGGAACUGUUGGCCAUUCAAGAAAGUAUUCAGAUGAGACGAGAGGAGACAUCAGAUGAAGCUACAUUUAUUAACCUUAAUUCUGAGUCCACAUUGACAGACGUUGAUAGUGAACUCCAAAGACAAACUCAAGAAAAUAUCCUGCAUUUAGAACUUAAUAGUAAGACAGACGAGGAUUAUAUGUCUGAGACACCAAAGGACAAUGGACAAUCAUAUACUGACUUGUUAGAUAUGUAUAGAAAGAAAUGUAUGACAGUCAGUGAAAACUGUGGUUGUAUAAGUGACUCAUUAAUGACACCAGGUCGUGUUACGACUAAGGUUAAAAGGAGUCAUUCAUUUUCUAGACCUUCUUCUGCCUCCAGUAGAAAAUCUUCACCUAAAAAAAGGGAAAGAAGAAAUAGUUUCCACUUUGAGAAGCCUACUUCCGAUACAGAUAUUCCGAAACCAAAAGUAUUAUUCAGAUCACCAUCUGUUAUUUCUAUGGCAACUGACAGUGGAUGUAGUAUAGGAUUUGAAGCAGACGACAAAAUUCCUAAUUAUUAUUUGACGUCUGCUGCAACUGAUUCAGAUGUUUGUGUGACUGAUAGAAGUGAAGAGGAGAAACCAUUACUGGCUAUGGUUUGUGAUCAACUGCCCCCUGAUCAGACAAUCAACACAAAUAUUACAAGUUUCAGUGAUUCUACUAAAUCUAGUUUCCAAGUAGUUGCUACAGCUGCAGAGAUUUCUAAGCCAAAGCAAGUGAAGAAACCAGUAAAGAAGGAACCAGUUGCACCAUUUGCUCCUCUAUGUUUCACUUUGAAUGCUAGAGCCCCUACAGGAUAUUUAUAUUACUUUGCUUAUGGACCUGACAUGAACCCAUCAAGGGUAUCUGCUUAUUUAAAAAGAGAAGUAAAUUGCAGGUAUUGGGGGCUUUUGUAUGGUUUCCAGCUUGUGUUUAACAAAAAAGGUUUAGAUGUUGAAGCAGGAGGUUUUGCCAAUAUUGAGUUAAACCCAUUUUGUUCAGUUGAAGGUGUCAUUUAUCAGAUAACGGCAGAAGAAUUACAAUUAUUAGACAAUCACACUGGAUAUCCAGAGCAUUAUACACAUUUGAUGUUACCAGUGUGGAUGUCUAACUCCACCAACCCUGACCAGUAUGGAGUAGCACAAUAUUGUGUACCUGCCGUUAUGUAUAUAGCUCAGGAUAAAUGGAUAAACAAAGAUGAAACAAUCAACUGUGACUAUGCAUUACAGCAGUGCAUCAAAAGUUCUGAUUUGGUUACUCCUGACUACAGAGAUCACAUGGUCAAUUACUGUCAGCCAAUGAAAGAACAAGUUAUGUGUGUAUAGAAGUCACAGUGGACAGAAGUAACAUUACUUUUAAUUGGUUACAGAGUUAAUAUAACCAUAUACUGCUGGCAGAUGUGUAAGAGAGAAUGAUUCUUAUAAUUGGACAAGUUCUAUGUAAAAUGUACAGCAAAUGUUGAACAAAUUUACUAUAGAAAUGUAAAUCAUUUAGUUUACAAGGAGUCCCUAUCUUCCAACUUUGGAUGGAAAUUGUGAUCUUAAGGGGGGGGAUUGUCUACUAAAACUUAAUGGCAUAAGGGGAGACAAUUGAAUCCAAAACCUGUUGUUUUUUGGCCUUUCAUGAGUAAUUUUAUAUCCCAGUUAAUGUAACUUUAUAAGAUUGAUUUAAGAAUAUGUUGUAUGACUGUUUAUUUACAAUAAAUUAUUAAUUUAACAUGUUUAUGAUUAAUCAGCAUUAACAUCAAUAAAAUAAUAUAAGUUCUAUGUUGCUUAUCAAAAUCUAUGCAUUUAAUAACUAUUUUAAUUGUAAAAUUAAUUAUAAUUCAGAUUAGUUCUAAUUUUUUUUAUCAUAAAGUAUUAGAUUGUAACAGAUUACAUAUAAAGUAGAAAAAUACUUCUUGAUGUUUAAAUUUGAGUUUUUUUAAGGUGUAAACUUUCAUAAAUUGGGAUAAUUUUUAAAUUCCAGACAUGACUUUGGAGUCAGGACAUUUCUUGACAUUAAGUUAUUGGUUUAAGACUUCCAGCACUAUCCAAUGGCAAAUAUUGAAAAAAAUAACUGAUUCUUCAUCAAUAGGUCUAUAUAUUUAUAUCAGUAAAUUUUUGAUAAUGCUUUCCAAAAGUUACUGCCAAACAUGUGUCUACAAUUAUUUUUAAAUAGUUGGCUGUAUUUGAUAUUGAGUUAUAUAUAUUAUUUGUGAUAUACUGUUUAUUUGUGCCUUGAUGAAAAUCUUUAAGAAAGAUUAUUUCAUUUUAUAGGAUGUUGAAUGUGUUAAAUCUGAUCCAGUAUUUAGCCAUCUGCAGAUGGUAUCAGUUUAUAUUUAUUGAUUUUUUUUUGGGGGGGGGGGGGGGGGCUGUAUUUAUACAGCAUUUAUUAAAAGAGAAAGAAUAUGAUCAUGAAUAUGUUUUAUUUAGUUUUAUUAUCUUGAAAAUGCUUAGUUUUUGUCUCGACCCAUUUCUUUAUUUUCUUGAUAUAUAUAUUUGUACAUAUUCAUUAAACAGGUGAAACGUUUUUGUGUCUUCACUGUUUUAAAUGAAUUAAAUACUUAAUCUGUGAUUAUUAUAUUUAUAUUAUAUUUAUAUGCAUCUAAAUUAUUUUGUUUAUUUUUUAAGACAAUUUUAUUUUUAUUUAAAAAGGUUAUGUUUAUACAUAGUUAUAUAUAUUUAUGAUACAAGAAUGAAUGUACUUAUAAUGAUUGUCCAUUCUUGUUCUAACC